AUGUCUCGCCAGUACACUCUGGCUGAAGGACAGCCUCAGCCCGCCAACAACACCAGCGUCCAGCUGCGCAAUGGACUUGGUGGUGGCUAUGUCCUGCUGCAGGAUACGCAGCUCAUUGAGACACUCGCUCACUUUUCCCGUGAACGCAUCCCCGAGCGUGUCGUUCACGCCAAGGCAGCCGGCGGAUACGGCGAGUUUGAGGUCACGCACGAUGUCUCCGACUUGACAUCGGCCGAUUUCCUUUCCCAGGUUGGCAAGAAGACCAAAGUGCUCCUACGCGUGUCCACAGUCGGGCCAGAGCGUGGCUCGGCUGACACAAUGCGCGACGUGCACGGCUGGGCCAUGAAGCUGUACACGGACGAGGGAAACCUGGACUGGGUGUUCAACAACACGCCCGUCUUCUUUGUGCGCGACCCCAUCAAGUUCCCGUCGCUCAACCGGUCGCACAAGCGGCACCCGCGCACCAACAUGCCGGACGCCAACAUGUUUUGGGACUUCCACGUCGGCAAUCCCGAGGGCAUCCACCAGCUGAUGCACCUGUUCAGUGACCGAGGCACACCGCAGUCGAUCCGCAUGAUGAACGCAUACAGCGGCCACACGUACACGCUCCACAAGGCCGACGGCACGUUCAAGUACAUUAAAGUGCACAUCAAGUCGAAACUGGGCGUCAAGAACAUGGACGCCGCCGAGGCUACGCGCGUGGCGGGCGAGAACCCGGACCAUCUCGUGCAGGACCUCUUUGAUGCCAUUGAGGAGGGAAACUUCCCGCAGUGGGACAUCUUUGUGCAGGUCAUGGACCCCGCUGACGCCGAGACGUACCAUGUGAAUCCGUUUGAUAUGACCAAAGUGUGGCCGCACAAGGACUACCCGCUGCAUCCCAUCGGCCGCCUGACGCUUAACAAGAACCCUCGUAACUACUUUACGGACAUUGAGCAGGCCGCUUUCUCGCCGUCCAACAUGGUUCCGGGCUGGGGGGCGUCGGCCGAUCCCAUGCUCCAAGCUCGCAUGUUUGCGUAUCCUGAUGCGGCCCGCUACCGCCUGGGCGUCAACUACCAGAUGCUGCCCACCAACAAGACUGUGGCCCCCGUCUACGUGCCUACCGAGCGGGACGGCUUCAUGAACUUUGGUGACAACUACGGCGACGACCCCAACUACGUCGGGUCUAUGCUGCGGCCCAUGACGUUCAAGAAGACCGUUGUGGCGUCGGCAGUCGUGGCUGAAGCCAACGCCAAGCACCAGAAGUGGGCUGUUGAGAUGGCCAGCCACUACACCUCCGAAAUUGGUCCGAAGGACUUUGAGCAGGCCACGGCGCUGUGGCAUGUGCUAGGCCGCGAGCCGGGCCACCAGGACCGUUAUGUGUCCAAUGUCGCCGACAACGUCGCCGAAGUGACGGACGAGGCGCUACGGAAGGAAGUGUAUGCCCUGUAUGGCAAGGUGGACAAGGCGCUGGGCGAGCGCAUCCAGGCGGCCGUCGAGGCCAAGAGAGCCGCGACAAAGAAGUAA